AUGUCUUCAACUCCUCCUUCCAAGAAGAAUGAUCAUGAUGAUAUUGACAAUGGAAUGGUCAUGACAACAACAACACCACAACCACCCCCAUCGACACCAACUCCUACACACGUGCACGUUCAUCAAACCACAUCGUCCAAUACUCCAAUUGUCGAUGCUGCCAUUGUUCAAUCGGAUGAUGGUGUUUGGUUGACCAUUUACGAUCCACAAACAAAAAGACAUUACUAUCAUAACAAAUCGACUGGAGAAACGACAUGGUCUUUACCCAUGAAUUUGAGUUCUCCAAAUUUGAAUACAACAUUGAAUGUCUCGACCAAACUUCAUGAAAAUUUGUCGUCAUCAAAAACACCAAUUUCACCUGUCGUUGAAAUGACAGGAAAAACUCCAACCUCCAUGACUCCCAAGACUCCUACGGCUGCUCAUAAAGAUGAAUCAUUGAUCUUGUUGAAUUCAGAACAACCAAAAAGACGUCCAUCGAGUCAUAAUAAUGGAACUCCUUCUGGACAUCAACGAAGUUUAUCUCAAGAUAAUGUCAUUUCAAAUUUGAAAAGUCGGUUGUCACAUUUACAUGCCAUUCCUAUUAAUGUCAAGAAGGAAAUUGAGACCCAUUCUCCUUCAACUGUUGCCAAUUUGGAUGUGAUUGGAAGUGUUCCUGCAAGUUCUGGACUUUUCACUCGAUCUCAAUACAAUAGUGACGAUGAAGAAGAUUUGGAAGAAGAAGAAGGUGACAUUAAGAAUGAUGAAAUUGAAACUCCUCGUCAACAACAAGCAACGUUGAAUGUUGAUCUUAUCAAGAACCUUUCUGAAGAGAAUGAAACUGAGAAACCAUUGAGUACUUGCAAUGUUCAACUCGGAACUAGCAGUAACAGCAGUGUUUCAACCAAUCACACCAACAAUGCAUCCAAUGUCACCACUCCAUCAGUUUCCUCUCCACAAAUUUCCACACAAUCACUCGUCUCUUCAUUAGAAUUGGAAGAUGGAUGGGAAACUGCAGUCGAUGCCAAUACUGGACGAACUUAUUAUUUCCAUCGACAAUCUCAAAAAUCCACUUGGGAACCUCCUUAUAAGAAUAAGAAAGUGACACAUUAUCAUACUCCUUCCACAAUUGAAAAUAUUGCUGAUUAUAAAUUGGGAGGAGAAGCAGAAACCAAUCAAAGUCCAAAUCAUGUUGUCAAUCAAUCAUCUUCUCCACACGUUCAACGACCAAAAUCUACUCAUUUGACAAGUUCUGGAAUGGAAGAUCAUUCUCAAGACACUUCAUCUGAUUCAUUGCCACGAAUUACACAGGGUGAACAUACCUUGUCCAAGUACGGAGCUACUCAUUUCCAAAAAUUCAAAAAGGGACUCUUUAAGAAACAAGUCAAGGUAGAAAAAUUGAUUGAAUUCCAAAAGGAUCGAUUGAAUCAAACGUUGCAACCCAUUAAAAUGGAGCAACAUCAAGAGAAGGCUCUCAGAUGUUUCGAAUUGGUUCAAUUGUUUAUGGGAGAUCGUGCGUUUGAUAAGUGUUCACCAACUGUGAAACAAGUGGUGAAAAGUGGAACCAAUGUUCAUGAUUUUUUCCUUUCUAAGGAAAUUCUUCAAAUUGCUCUUCUCAAUGUUCCUAUUCGAAACGAGAUUAUCAUUUAUCUCUGUAAACAAACCAACAACAAUCCAAAAGCUGACAGUGCUGUCAAGGGUCUCCAACUUCUCGGACUCAUGCUCUCAGCAUUUCCACCUACUUCGUAUGAUUUACAGGAAGCAGUUUUACACUUUUUACAACACACCAUUGUGACACAUCCAAAACUUGGUAAAGACGAACGCAUUCGACAAUUUUCUCUCCUUUCUGAGAAACAUUUGAGAAGAUCAUGCGUCACUGGUCCAAGAAAAACUCUUCCAUCCGAUAAUGAAAUUAAGAACAUGUCCAAUCCUCAUCCACCAGAACCAAUCUUUGGUGUUUCCAUUGUCGACUAUUUGAAAUGGCAAAAAGAAAAAUUCCCACAAUUCGACCCAUCGAAACCUUACAUUUUAUACAUUUUGAGUGAAGCUUUAAAGAAGGUGAACUUUUCAAGUGUGGAAGGAAUUUUCAGAUUGCCAGGAGAUGUCUCUCGAGUGGAAGCAUUGAAAGACAAAUUCUGUAAAUGUAAUUUUGAAAUUGGAGAGAAGGAUCCGCACGUGUUGGCCUCUCUUUUCAAGUUGUGGUUGCGUGAGUUGGCAGAUCCACUCAUUCCUCAUCGUCUCUAUGAACAUUGUGUUGCUGUGGCGAAUAGUGAACAAGAGAGUGCUGCAGUGUUGGAUCAAUUACCACACGGAAAUCGUGCCAUUCUUUCGUUUGUAUUGGAUUUCCUCUCGGACAUGUUACCCAAUUGUAAAAAGACCAUGAUGACGAGUGAAAAUUUGGCAGUCGUGUUCUGUCCCAAUAUUCUCAGAUCGCAAUCAUCGGAUCCGAUGGCCAUCAUGAGAAAUGCUGCCUCAGAGAAGCAAUUUGUUCGUAAUUUGAUUUUGAAGGUUGCUCGUCAAAAGGGCAUUAGUGAAAAGUAA